CUGCUGCCACUCCCGGAGCGCGGAGGCUUCUCGGGGGAAGCGGGCGCGGCUUCGGCUGCCGGCGGCGGUGAAGAGGUAAGCAAGUGAGAACCAAACUGUCACAGGCCUUUAAUCACUGGCUGAAUGUUCCAGAGGAUAAAAUACAGGUCUGCGAGGAGCUGAGGCGACGGAGCUGCGGGGAUGGCUACCGGGGUCCCGGCUGAGGCGAUGGGGAGAAGAAUCUUGUGUGGCAGCGAGUACGGGACCGUGCGGUACGUGGGCAGCGUGAGUCCCACGGCAGGAAUUUGGCUUGGUGUGGAAUGGGAUAAUCCUCAGAGAGGAAAGCAUGAUGGUACCUAUGAAGGAACACAGUAUUUUAAGUGCAGGUAUCCUAAGGGAGGAUCCUUUAUCCGGCCAAACAAGGCAAAUUUUGGAGUAGAUUUCCUUACUGCAGUCAAGGAUAGGUAUGGACUGGGUGAUGAGCAGGAGGUUCAGCCUGGGACAGAGAGCACUUUUAUAUUUGGGAAGAAGACUGUGGAGUUUGUAGGCAUGGAUUCUAUUGCAGAAAAACAAAGGCAACUCAACCAACUGGUGGAUAUUUCAGUGCGUGAGUGUGCAGUGAGCCAUGCUGGUCAGAAAGAGGAAAUCAGCAGAACAUGUGCUAAUAUCAAGCAUGUAAAUCUGUCAAAAAAUCUGAUCUCAUCUUGGGAGACAGUAACAGCUAUUGCUUCUGAAAUUCAAAAUCUGGAAACACUUAUUAUCAGUGAAAACAAAAUGAAAUUUCCAUCUACACCAACUUCUGUAUCCAGUGUAUUUUCAAAACUGAGGAUUCUGGCACUUAAUCAAACUGAGAUAACGUGGACAGAGGUUCUUUUUUGUGCUCCAGGAUGGCCAGCACUGGAAGAAUUGUACCUUACUUCUAAUAAUAUUACAGUUUUGGAAAGGCCUGAAAAUGUCCUGCAGACCCUGAAGCUGUUAGACCUUUCAGACAACCAGUUACAGGAUGGAAAUCAGCUGCAUCUCAUAGCUCAUCUCCCCAGAUUAGAACAGCUAAUACUUAGAAACUCUGGAAUAUCUUCUAUAUGCUUUCCUGAUGCUGGGUUUGGAUUCAAGACUAAAAUGUUUCCUUCACUAAAACACCUUGCAAUAAAUGACAAUAAGAUCUCACAGUGGUCAUCUAUCAAUGAGCUUGAUAAGCUGCCAAGUUUGAGGUCACUGCAGUGUCAAAACAACCCUUUCACAGACACAGAGAAGAACCCAGAGACCCUGAGGCAACUGAUUAUUGCCAAGAUAAGUCAGCUGGAGGUUUUGAACAAGUGUGAGAUCCUCCCUGCUGAGAGAAGAGGGGCAGAGCUUGAUUAUCGCAAAAUAUUCGGCAGUGAGUGGAUAGCAGCUGGUGGGAACUGGGACCCAGAGAAAAACAAUCCCAGUGAAGAAUUCCUUGCUGCCCAUCCCAGAUACCCAUCACUUUGUCUGAAGUAUGGUGCACCUGAAGAAGGGGAACUGAAGGGACAACAGCCUCUGACACUGAAAAAUCAGCUUCUGACUCUGACAAUCAAAUGUCCUGAGAAACCUGAACAGAAGCCAGUACAGAAAAAGCUACCAGAGUCUAUGACUAUUCAGAGGGUCAAAGGAUUGCUGUAUCGCCUCCUGAAAAUCCCUGGUUCAGAACUGAAACUCUCCUAUGAAAGUUCUAAAUUGGAAGGAAAAGAAGUUGAACUUGACAACGACUUAAAGCCUCUGCAGUUUUACUCAAUAGAAAACGGAGACUGUGUGUUAGUAAGGUGGUAAGAAGGGAUUUGGGAGGCUGAGGGAAAGCCAACACUGCAACCACAGGAGAGUUACAGAGUGCUCCCAGGCAGUGUGGACAGCCUGUGCCUCAACACACCUCUAGGAGAACAUGACUUUCAUGCCUGGCACCAGAGAGAUACACAGUAAAGUUUGAAGCUCCUAAAUGUAGCCAUCAGUCUCCAUGACAGGAUUUGCCUUUGGCUGAAUUGUCUUCUUGGAGAGAUACCAGCUAGUGUGUAAAUGGUUCAAUUAAAUAAAACUCAAGGUAACCCUUU